CAUUUUUUCAGAUUAUAGCUUCAAGGGUACCGUUGUACAUCGGCAGUGUCAUCUGGAGGUUCACUUAAACUUCACUUACAGUCCCCCUAUGAAUUCUCUCCAUGUUCUCUUCUUCUUUGUUGCUAUUUUCUCCGAACAGAUAUUUAGCUCUCUAGGCCAGCUAUCCGGCUACCAGAGUGGAGGAGGUGGUGGAGGAGGAGGAGAUGGAGAGGAUGGAGGUCUAGAAGUUAAUAUUCCUGGAAUACCUGGUCAGGAUUAUCCCAUUUAUGCUCAGGUUCCUGACACUGGCUUUGGCUGUGAUGGAAGAGUAGAGGGAGGUUACUACGCUGACACUAGUGCAGAAUGCCAGGUUUUCCAUAUUUGCGCAAACAAUGGAGAAGGUGGUUUGAGAACAUAUAGUAUUCUUUGCCCUAAUGGGACAAUCUUUAACCAGGAAAACUUUAUCUGUGAUUGGUGGUUUAACUUUGACUGCUCACAAGCUGAAGGACUAUACUCCCUAAACGAUGCUAAUGCUGCUGAAGCUGCUGCAGCUACAGGUUCCUCUGGAGGCAGUCAGGCUAGUUAUACCUCUGGCAGAUAGACAGAUAGAUAGAUGGAUAGACAAAUCUGAUCAAUGAUAAACUGAAAUGACUAUUUUGUCUGAUAAUUUGUUUUUAACUUCUUUUCUAGUCCAACACUGUUAACAUUAUUUAUAAACUAUUUAUAUAUUGUUAAGAUUAUCUUGAAAUAUACUUUUAAAAAAAGUUA